AGGAAAGAAUCCAUGGGUACAUAAAGAGAGAGCCUAGCCAAGUUAAUAUGUGGUGUUUUAGAGUGGAAGUGAGAUUGUGAUUGUCUUGCAGUAUUAGCUUGGAUGCGGCUAUGAAAUGAUGAAAUGGUUAAGCCUGUGCUGCGACUUGGAAGCACUUAUUCAAAUUUGUCCCAACAAAACAACAAUCACCAUUUUUACAACAUAAAGUUGAAUGGUUGACUAUUUGCUAUAAAAGAGAGCAGAUUUGACAUCUUUACCAUUCACUUUCGAUUAGUUCGUAUUCAAAAAAAUCCAGAGACUUUGGUUGGUUUGGCCAUGCUCAACUAAAAAGAUAGAAACCCCUUGUGCUCUGCCUCAGUCCCAUAUGUACUUGGAAUCAACGUUUUUCUUUUGCCUUGUCAGGUUUACAAAACGCUUCUUGGAAGGAGGAGAUUCAACACCUUGCUGUUAGAUAACUACAAAGGUAUGUACCUGUGAAGAAGAGGUCAAAAAGAAGCAACAGAGAGGAUCAACAAAGUCUGACAUUGAAACACAGAUCGUUAGUGGUUAGAAGGGCUGGAUUCAUUCUGUGCCAAAGCUGGCUUUGUGAAUGUUGUUCCCAAAAACAGACAUUUUUUUUGGUCUUGUACACUUGUGUAUCUUAUUAGUUAUGAUGAAUCCAUCAUAGUAUCUUCUCUUUCUCGAAAUGUCAACUUGUUAGAGUGGUCACCAACUAAGAGUUGACUUAUUUACGCCAACGAACUAGUAGAUCCUUUCCCAUGUCUCAGCAGCCAACAACAACUUUUAUGAAGAGAGAGAAAUAUCAGAUCGUGGUCAAAAAAGAAUUUCUCUUGGAACAAGUCGUAUCAUCUGAAGCUUCUUUACACGCUAACGAGGAAAAAAGAAAAGGCAUGGAAAUAGUGAGUUUUGGGAAAGAUGAUGAUGCAAUGUUUAGAUGGAAUAAAGCAGUUAUCCUUAAUUCUGUUGACUUGUUGUGAUUCUGAUCUUCCCAAGGGUCGUCAGAACCCUAAAGAUGUGGCUAGAGGCACUGUGUUUACUGUGAAUGAGAUUGAAGCACUUUACGAACUGUUCAAGAGCAUUAGCAAAGACGGGCUUAUCGACAAGGAACAAUUUCAAUUGGUACUAUUCAAGAUGAACACAACGAGAAGCCUUUUUGCUGAUAGGGUGUUUGACUUGUUUGAUACCAAGCAUACUGGGAUUCUAGAUUUUGAAGCCUUUGCUCGUUCUCUUUCGGUCUUUCACCCCAAUGCUAAAUUUGAGGAUAAGAUUGAGUUUUCUUUCAAGCUGUAUGAUCUGAAGCAGCAAGGUUAUAUAAAGAGACAGGAGGUCAAGAAAAUGGUUGUGCGGACUCUAGCUGAAUCUGGCAUGAACCUUUCUGAUCAUGUGAUCGAGAGCAUCAUAGACAAGACAUUUGAAGAAGCUGAUACUAAACUGGAUGGGAAGAUUGAUAAGGAAGAGUGGCGGAGUCUUGUGUUGCGCCAUCCCUCUCUGUUGCAGAACAUGAGCCUUCAACAUCUCAAAGACGUAACGAAGACGUUUCCAAAUUUUGUAUUUCACACUAUAGUGACAGACACUCCUAGUGAGCUGGAUAGAUGAUCAGGGAUGUGAAGAAAAGACCAAAACCUUUACAAGAUCAUUCAUACUCGAUUCUAUCUUCUUCUCCAUUCAUCUAUUACAACCCUCCUUUUUUUUUUUUAACAAAUACGUUUUGAAAACCGCAGUACCCCUUCACAGGUUUGUAUCCGCAAACUUGUGCGGUUUAUCUUAUCAGUUGAAGUGUGCAAGUUGAUUCUUUUACUCGGCAUUAAAGAGAUUAUGAUAUCCUUCAAUGUGUAUAAACUUUGUUCUUACCAAUCUAAUCGUACCUGAAAACUUGUUUGGCAUGAAAUUUUUGUAACAAAUAUAAAAGGGCACUAUGAUAUAAUGAAAACCACUUUUCAAGUUCAA